AUGAAAGUUGCAGUGGCAGGCAUAGGCAACUUUGGCCCCUACCUCCUCGAAGAGAUCCCAAAGGAGGGCCACGAGAUUGUUAUUCUCACCCGCUCCCAAAAACCCCACCUCAAACUCCCCCAGAAGAUCACCGACUACACCAUCCCGUCCUUAGAAUCAGCCCUUCAGGACGUCGACGCCGUGGUCAGCGCCGUCCCAGCCCACGACCCGGGGUACGUCAAGACACACCUGGCCCUGCUCGAGGCAUGCAAGCUGUCGCCGCGGUGCAAAAACUUAAUCAUUUCGCACUGGGCCGAAAACAUUGACGACGUGACGGACCACCCGAUAUUUCCACAUGGCAACAACACGGUACACGAGCUCACGGCGGCCCUGCGGGCCCAAAACGAGGUCACUUGGACGGCCGUGUGCUGCGGCUGGCUGGCCGACUACGUGCUCCCGGCGUCGCAGCGGCGCCUGGGUGAGAUUGGCGACUUUUGGGUGCAGGAUCGUGAGAAAAAGGUGUUUACCGUCUACGGGCCCGGCACGCAGCGCGUUUCCUUUACGCCGUCGAGGGACGUCGCGCGCGCCGUGGCCAGGCUGCUCAGCAGGCCGGGCGAGUGGACGCCUAGCACGUUUGUGCGCGGCGAGACAAUGUCGUGGAAUGAGCUGUGGAGGCUGAUUAGUGAAAAGGAGGAGGGGUGGACGUUGAGGAAAAAGUCGAUGGCGCAGAGUGUCAGGCAGCUCGUGGCUGAGGACGGGGGUGAGCUGAGCAAGAUGGUGGCCGAGUUUGAGCUCAUGUCGUAUGCAGGAGCUCUUGAAAUGCCCGAGGAUAGGGUUGCGAGGGAUAGGGAAAGGUUCUUUGAGGGUCUUAAGUUUAGGACUCUGGCGGAGCUGAUGGAUGAGGGGAAAGCCAAGCCCGAAUCUAUCUUGUAG